AGAGAUGCGCCUCGGAGGCUACAGCUCCUCCCCAGCGGCGGCGGCGGUGGAGGCAGCGGCUGAUCAUGGAGAUUGAGAACAUCGUGGCCAACACGGUGCUGCUCAAAGCCCGGGAAGGAGGAGGUGGCAAGAGACAUGGUCGAAGUAAGAAAUGGAAGGAGAUGUUAAAGUUACCCCAUAUCAGCCAUUGUAAUGAACUCAGAUAUUCCAUUGAAAAGGACUAUAACAGUCUCUGUGACAAACAGCCAAUUGGAAGACUACUUUUCAGGGAGUUCUGUGAUACAAAGCUUGAUCUAAAGAAAUGCAUUGAAUUUCUGGAUGCAGUGGCAGAAUAUGAGGUGGCUUCAGAUGAAAAUCGAAGAGAGACUGCUCUGAAGGUUGUAAACACAUACUUCAACAAUGGGUCUGCUGCCCAUUUACCGGAAAUACCUCAGGAUAUAGUGAAAGAAUGUAAAGAGAGGCUGGAGCAGAGCCCUUGCAAAGAACUUUUUAAAGACUGCACUAGGGUUGUCCAUGAUUAUUUAAAUGGAAGACCAUUUGAGGAGUACCAAGAAAGUAUGUUUUUCUCUCGAUUUUUACAGUGGAAAUGGUUGGAAAGGCAACCUGUAACAAAAAAUACAUUUAGACAUUACAGAGUUCUAGGAAAAGGAGGAUUUGGAGAGGUGUGUGCCUGCCAAGUACGGGCAACAGGAAAGAUGUAUGCUUGUAAAAAGCUAGAAAAAAAGAGAAUUAAGAAGAGGAAAGGAGAAUAUAUGGCAUUAAAUGAAAAGAGAAUUUUAGAAAAAGUACAUAGUAGGUUUGUAGUUAGUUUAUCCUACACAUAUGAAACAAAGGAUGCCCUGUGUUUAGUACUAACCAUCAUGAAUGGAGGCGAUUUGAAGUUCCACAUAUACAACAUGGGAAACCCUGGCUUGGAUGAAGAGAGGGCCAUAUUCUAUGCUGCAGAGCUGUGCUGUGGCUUGGAAGAUUUACAAAGGGAAAGAAUUGUUUACAGAGAUUUGAAGCCUGAAAACAUUCUCCUGGAUGAUCGUGGACAUAUCCGGAUUUCAGAUCUUGGGCUAGCUAUGCAGAUCCCAGAAGGAGAAACAAUCCGAGGAAGAGUUGGAACGGUUGGCUACAUGGCUCCAGAAGUUAUCAAUAAUGAAAACUAUACAUUUAGUCCUGAUUGGUGGGGACUUGGUUGCCUAAUUUAUGAAAUGAUUCAAGGACAAUCACCAUUCAGGAAACGCAAAGAGAAAGUCAAACGUGAGGAGGUAGAUCGCAGAGUAAAGGAAGACCAAGAAGUGUACUCAGAGAAGUUUUCAGAGGAGGCACAAUCUAUCUGCAGGAUGUUACUUGAGAAGGAUCCGAGAAAACGAUUGGGCUGCACAGGAGAGGGAGCUGCUGGUGUGAAACUGCAUCCUAUUUUCAAGGACAUUAACUUCAAGAGACUGGAAGCAAACAUGUUAGCUCCCCCUUUCUCCCCUGAUCCACGUGCAGUGUAUUGUAAGGAUGUUUUGGAUAUUGAGCAGUUCUCGACAGUAAAAGGAGUGAACCUGGAUACGACAGAUGACGAUUUCUAUUCCAAAUUUGUUACGGGUUGUGUCUCCAUCCCCUGGCAAAAUGAGAUGAUUGAAACAGAAUGUUUCAAAGACAUCAAUACAUAUGAAAAUGACAAGCUGACAUCAGAUGUAGAUGUUAACAAGCAUACUCCCAGACCAAAGAGAGGCUUCUUCUAUAGACUCUUCAGAAGAGGGGUUUGUUUUAAAUCUGGCUACAGUGAUGAUGAAGAAGAGCCAACAAGACUUUAAACCACUGUUCAGUAGUCAAAAAGCCAAAUGCAAGGAAUGAGUAAAUUCUGAAUAUUUUAUUUUAACUAUGAACUGUAAUAAAAAAUUUAUUAUAAAUUUUAAAAUAUGCUGUAUGAGUUUACAGGUUUUGUACAUUUGUACUUAAAUUAUGUUCAGAUGUAUAUUUUCAUUAAGCUGUAUUGAAGAAAAAGCCAUAAAAUACCAUUUUGGUAUAAUACAUUUAUUGUUAUGUACUCCGAUAUGUAUACUAGAUAUAGCCAUGUUUGAGCACGUGUAAGGUAUGUGUAUAUUAACUGAAAUGACUUGGGAAAUGAGUACAAACAUGUAUUUGGAGACAGGGUGUGAGCGUCAGCUUAAAUCAAGUGACUAUUUAUGAUUGCUCAGAAGCCUUAUUGAGCAGGGAAUGGCGUUAGCUUGCCUGGAUCUGUACUGAUUUCCAGGACAUGGGGAAAGAUUCACUAUCUCUCUUCUCAGGGUGCAUUUAGAAGUACAAAAAAAAUCACUUUAUAGUUAUAGCGGGAGUAAUGAAUGUUUUACAGUGUCUUUUUUUUUUUUUAACUAAUGAAGCACAAUUCUUUCAGAGGUUUGUUUUUAUUCCUCCAGCUACUUGCUUGUGGAUUCACAUAUACAUCUGCCCAGAUAGAUAUGUUAUCUAUAUUGCCUUUUUUAUGCCAGUAUUUUUUACCUUCAUAAUGUUGAUAUUUAUGUGGCUGGUUGUGGCUUUGUUUUCUUUUCUUUUUUUGGUGAGGCAGUUGGGGUGAAGUGACUUGCCCAGGGUCACACAGCUAGUAAGUGUUAAGUGUCUG